AACGCUGUGGUAAAAUUCUGCAAUAAUUCUGCAAAUAAAGACAGAGGUAGUGGCUUACCAGCAAGUAACUAGAUAUUUUCCCUUGCUUCAAUAUAUUUAGCUGUCUUAACAACAUUCCGCGACGAAAGGAGGACGCAGAAGACCGCAGUUUCUAAUUCACGUGCUUCACGAAACUUUGUUUAUUAGCUGUAUGGCUGCAAACAGGAUGAAGCUCGAGUUGUCUCGGGUUCUCCAGGGGGGAAGCCGCCUGGGUGUCCUGAAGGGGCUUGGCAGGACGGGGAAGCACUCUCUGGAGGUACCGGGCUGUCUGCUGUACACACACUGCGGCACAGUCCCUCACUUGACCCAGGAUACGCUGCACACCCUGGACAAGCUGCCCUCUGUUACCCAGGUCUCACUGGACGAUAUAGCAGAGCACCAGGAAGUGUUGGAGGCGUUCAAGGAAGGAUUUAAGAAGUUUUCAGGCCUUCGUGACACAGUGUUGUUUUGCUCGCUGCAUGACCCCGCUAUCCUCAGCCCCACCGGUUACACAACCAACAAGACAGUGUCCGUGUGGGGAAGCGGCGGGCGCAUAGAGCUGACAGUGGCCAAGUUCAUGGCCCUGCAGAAGCUCGUGCGGCCCGACUGCUACGUGAGCAUGGCCGACGGCGAGACCUGGCAGGACAACACCUCCCGCAAGAGGGUCCGCAAGUCAGUGGAGCGGACCCUCGCCCACUUGGACGAGUGUCUGCUGGUGCACCAUGCGUCGCAGGAGCUGGAGGGAGCGGCGCUGUUCGGGGCGGUGGAGGGCGGAGACGUCCCGGAGGAGAGGGCGCGCUCGGCCAGGGAGACGGCCAAACGGCCCGUGGCGGGCUUCUGCCUGGACGGCCUCCAGACAGGCCGCCUGGACGGAGCCCUGAGAGGCCAGCUCAUCGGCGCCGUGACCAAGGAGCUACCCGAGGACAAACCCAGGCUUCUGCAGGGUGUGGGUCGGCCCGACGAGGUGCUGGCAUGCGUGGAGGCUGGGGUGGACCUGUUCGAGGGCUUCUUCCCUUUCCAGGUCACGGAGCGAGGUUGUGCCCUCUGCUUCCGCUUUGACACCGCGACGGACCGGGAGAGCGGCGAUGGGAGGCCCCCCUCAGAGACCAUGGCAAAACUGAAUGGAGAUAACGACCCCGAUGUUCCGACCCGCAUGACGCCCUUCGAGAUGGAUCUCAAAGACAAAAGGUACCAAGACGACUUCCGGCCCCUGGUCGAGGGGUGUGGCUGCUACUGCUGCGUGAACCACCAGAGGGCGUACGUGCACCACUUGCUGGCCACCAAUGAGCUGCUGGCGGGGGUGCUGCUGAUCCUACACAACACGGCCCACUAUCUUGCCUUCUUUACGGCCCUGCGAGAAGCCCUGGCCGCCGAUAAAAUGGACCUCCUGAAAAGGCGGGUCCUCGGUCGGACGGAAACAAAUGCGUAAGAUGGGAUAAAAUCAGAUAGAUGAGAUGGAUUGACCCUGGAGGAGAGGUUUGUUGGGACAAUCAGCCCGCCUCUUUUGUCACGGAUCAGCAGAUUGGCUCUGCCUUGCAGAGGCAAUCAAAACGUUUUAUAUUCUUCACCCUCGCUGGGGUCCCAGCCAAAUACAGCAACUUUGUCCACAUGCGUUCCACAGAACCAAAGAAAACCCAUCAACUUCUUUUGCUUUUUUUUCGUGUCUUGAUUUCGUGUGCACAGAUGGUGGCUGUUACGAUCGACUGUCCUUGCCCCUUUUCCGCUGAACGGGACAUUUGAGAAGUCACGUCUUGAAAUAAAAGUUUGUACAGUGGUGCCUUGAUUUAAAAGUUUAAUUUGUUCCGUGACCAUGCUCGUAAUUCAAACACUCGUAUGUUAAAUCAUCUUUCCCCAUUGAAAUGAAUUGAAUUGCCAAUAAUCUGUUCGACCCCCAAAUACCAACACUACAGUACCUCGGAGGGUGAGGGGUAGGGACUGGAUUGGGGGGAAAAAAAAAAAAAAGAAACCCGAAAAUUUCUCGAAUAAGCGCCGG